AACCACCGCCGCCGCCACACGACGCUUCGUCCCCGCGGACAGAGCGCUUUACGUGGGUUUCGUCGGGCUUGUUGUUCGCUUCCGUUAGGUCUCGAUAUGCGGAACUCCCUGCGGAGCGACGAUGAUGAUGAGGAGGAGGAUGUUGUGAAGGCUAGGUCUGUGGCUGACUGAGCGGAGAGAGAGGCGGACACACUCUGACACCUUUUUUUUUUUCCGCAUCAUCGAAACGUAUUUAUGCAACGAGCCCGUUAAGAGGAAGUCGCCACCUCGUUUCAACCGACACAUUUCCAACGUUACGCCGAUGGUACAGAGAGAAGAGGAGGCUGCACGGACAUCUCUUUGACCGCAGGAGGGGUUCCCAUCCCACCCGGGCCUGACUUGAGUAGGAGGUUUCUCACAAUGAUGAUCAAGGAGCUGCAUUUCAACUUUACACCUGAACUCUCCCAGUUGUGAUGGGAAGGCACCACUGACCUCAAGAGGGACCGUAAAUCCUGGAUGCCGUGACGUGGUCAGUCCAAGAUGGAGAAAAAGAAACCGUGCCCUCGCCUUCUGGACUACCUGGUGGUGGUCGGCGCAAGGCAACCGAGUAGUGACAAUGUGGCCCAGACGCCUCAGCUCCUCCGCCGCUACCCGCUGGAGGACCACCACGACUUCCCGCUGCCGCCAGACGUGGUGUUUUUCUGCCAACCCGAGGGCUGCCUGAGUAUACGCCAGCGGCGGGUCAGCCUCCGCGACGACUCCUCAUUCGUUUUCACGCUGACGGACAAGGACUCGGGAAUCACCCGCUACGGAAUCUGCGUCAACUUCUACCGCUCUUUCCAGCGGGGGCACCACCGCGCUCGCGGGGACAAAAGCGGCCACGCGGCGGCGCAGGCGGCGGAGACCGCCAGCGACGGGUCCGACGGCAGCGGGGGAGGCCCCGCCUCCGCGUUAUCGCCGCCUGACAACGCCGACUCGGAGACGGCGCCCGCCUCCGGAGAGGAGAGCGGACAGCCGGGUGGCGGGCCGAACGCCGGCAAGUCCCCACAGCGGAAGCGGAGCGCCGCCAGAAUGGCGGCCAGGAACCGCAACAGCACGCUCACCUCGCUGUGCAUAAUCAGCCACUACCCCUUCUUCUCCACCUUUAGGGAAUGCUUGUACAUCCUUAAGAGGCUUGUGGACUGCUGCAGUCAGAGGCUAACGCAACGAGCCGGGCUCCCUCGCACCACCCAGAGAGACACCAUGUGGCGGGUGUUCACCGGGGUGCUGUCGGUGGAAGAGAAAGGCAGCCAGCUGCUGGCGGACCUGCGGGAGAUCGAAUCCUGGGUGUACAGGUUGCUCCGCUCGCCGGUGCCGGUGGCCGGUCAGAGGCGCGUGGACGUGGAGGUCCUGCCCCACGAACUCAAACGGGCGCUCACCUUCGCCCUGCCGGACAACUCUCGCUUCUCCAUGGUCGACUUCCCCUUGCACCUGCCCUUGGAGCUGCUGGGCGUGGACGCCUGUCUUCAGGUCCUCAGCUGUGUCCUGCUAGAGCACAAGGUCAUCCUUCAGUCCAGAGAUUACAACGCUUUGUCCAUGAGCGUCAUGGCCUUCGUCGCCAUGAUCUACCCUCUGGAAUACAUGUUCCCCGUCAUCCCCUUACUACCAACCUGCAUGGCCUCUGCCGAGCAGCUGCUUCUCGCCCCCACUCCCUACAUCAUAGGCGUACCCGCCAGCUUCUUCCUCUACAAAGCCGAUUUCAAAAUGCCCGACGAUCUGUGGCUGGUCGACCUCGAUAGCAGCAAGGUUAUCGCGCCAACCAAUGCAGAGAUUCUACCACCUCUUCCAGAGCCUGAAGCAGGCGAGCUUAAGAAACAUCUGAAGCAGCUCUUGGAGUGUCUGGUUAGGUUGACCGUGAUCACCCAAAAGCAGAUCUUCUCCUCUGAAAAUAAGGCCUUGGCCAGUAUGAGUCUGAACACCCAACCCAUCCUGAACCUGGAGAAGUUCCAGGAAGGUCACGAGAUGCCUCUGAUCCCGCCGGGACGAGAUAAAGCCUCGCCGUCCUCCACGGAGUUCAACCCGCUGAUCUACGGCAACGACGUGGACUCCGUGGACGUGGCCACCAGGGUCGCCAUGGUUCGCUUCUUCAACUCCCCAAAUGUUCUCCAGGGGUUCCAGAUGCACACUCGCACCUUGCGCCUCUUCCCUCGGCCCGUGGUGGCCUUCCAGUGCACCUCGUUUCUGGCGUCUCGGCCGCGGCGCUCCUGCUUCGCGGAUAAACUGUCUCACACCCAGGCGGUGGAGUUCUACGGCGAGUGGGCUCUGAACCCCUCCAACCUGGCCUUCCAGAGGAUACACAACAAUGUGUUCGACCCCUCCUUAAUCGGAGACAAGCCCAAGUGGUACGCGCACCAGUUGCAGCCGGUGGUCUACAGAGUGUACGAUGGAAGCUCCCAGCUGGUGGAAGCCAUGGCCGGUCCCUUGGAGGAUGAGGGCAACGAGUCCGACCCCACGGACAGCGGCAGCGACAGCGAGGGGUACGACGACUCCAGCUCGUCCUAUUCCUCACUCGGAGACCUUGUGAGUGAGAUGAUUCAAGGCGACAUCCAGGGAGACACGCCGAGCUUGGACCCGCCUACCCACGCUGCACUGGGAGACGCUAGUGAGGUCGAGUUUCAAGACCUCCACGAAUUCAGGGACGGCCAGGGCUCCGAGGGUCCCCCGAGCGGGGAGGCACCGGCUGAACAACCUCUUCGCUCCAGCUCAACCACAACCACAAGCUCCAGUCCCAGCAUGGUCAUCCAGGGAGUCAACAGAGAGCAAAAGGAAGUACCUGAAAUUGAGGCAUCAGCAGGUGCCGCUUUACAGAACCCAGUCUCCGGACUGGCCGCUCCGCCGUUCCUCAAAACCCCGGUCGAUGCCGGCCUGGCGGACUCCGCCAACAGAAAGCAAGAGUACGACAACCCGUACUUUGAGCCUCAGUAUGGCUUCCCCUCAGAGGAUGACCCUGAUGCAGAGGAGCAAGUGGAGUCAUACACCCCUCGAUUCAACCAGAACCUCAAUGGCAACAAGGCUCAGCGUCCUCUGCGUCCCUGUAGCCUGAGGCUGCCGGGAGAGUCCGACGGGGAGGGAGACUCCCGCAACAGCUCGCCGAACUCCACCAUCUCCAACAGCAGCAAUGACGGCUUUGGAGGACUCAUGUCGUUUGCCAGCAAUCUGUACAAGAACCACGGCACCAGCUUCAGUCUGUCCAAUCUGGCUCUUCCCAACAAGGCCGCCAGGGAGAAAACGCCGUUCCCCAGUUUAAAAGGCGCUCGUGCCCCUCGAGCACUCGUGGACCAGAAGUCUUCUGUAAUCAAGCACAGUCCCACAGUGAAGAGGGAGUCGCCCUCUCCCCAGGGCCGAGUCAACAACACGAGUGAGAACCAGCAGUUCCUGAAGGAAGUGGUGCAGAGCGUUCUGGACGGUCAGGGGGUCGGCUGGCUCAACAUGAAAAAAGUGCGCCGCCUGCUGGAGAACGAGCAGCUUCGCGUCUUUGUGCUGAGCAAGCUGAACCGAGCCAUCCAGUCGGAGGAGGACGCCAGACAGGAGGUCAUACGCGACGUGGAGGUGAGCAGAAAGGUGUACAAAGGCAUGCUGGACAUCUUGAAGUGCACGGUUUCCAGUCUGGAGCACUCUUACACCAACGCAGGCCUCGGAGGAAUGGCCAGCGUCUUCAGCUUACUGGAAAUAGCACGCACGCAUUAUCAAACCAAAGACCCGGAAAAACGCAAGCGAAGCCCCACAGACAGCGCCGGCAGCCCGGGGAGCAAAGAGAGUCCUUCUGGGUCCGCGGAGACCGCCAGACCUCAGGGCCUCCUGAACGUCCCCCACCUGCAGCUGCCGCACCACGCCGUGGGCAGAGGGGCGCGCCACUUUGACACGCGGAGUCUGAACGAGGAGAACUUUAUCGCCUCGAUCGGGUCCGACGGAACCAAGCAGCAGCAGCAGCAGCAGCAGCAGCGCCCCCAGGUGGCCGAUGCCGAGGAGAAGAAAUCCCAGAUCAGCGCCGACAGCGGCCUCGGUGUCACGUCUGGAUCUCAGAAGAGUGACACCGAGUCGGUGACGAGCUCGGAGCCGCCGAUCCUGACGAGAAGCACCAGCCAGGACUCCGAGGCCAGCACAGUGAUAAGCAACAGCUCUGGAGAGACUCUCGGUGCCGACAGCGACCUGAGCAGCACCGCUGGAGACGGCCUCGGGGGGAGGAUGGCGGCCCACCUCACCCAGUCCAGAGGGACUCUGUCUGACAGCGAGAUCGAGACCAAUCCAGCCACCAGCACGGUGUUCGGAAAGCCCCACACUCUGAAACCGAGCGCGAAGGAUCAGGCGCUCGCCGCGGCGAAGGGGCCGCCGGCACCGGCGCCGCCCGCGGAGGACCUCAGCAUGAGGAUCUACCUCUGUGAAGGCCUGCUGGGUAAGGAGCGCUCAACGCUGUGGGACCAGCUGCAGUUCUGGGAGGACGCCUACUUGGACGCCGUGAUGCUGGAGCGCGAGGGCAUGGGCAUGGACCAGGGGCCGCAGGAGAUGAUCGAACGAUACCUGUCUCUCGGCGAUCACGACCGCAAGCGCCUGGAGGACGAUGAGGACCGACUCCUGGCCACGCUGCUGCACAAUAUGAUCGCCUUCAUGCUCAUGUUGAAGUUGAACAAAAACGACAUCAAGAAGAAAGUGAGACGCUUGAUGGGGAAGUCCCACAUCGGCCUCUCGUACAGCCAAGAGAUCAACGAGCUGCUGGACAAGCUGGCCGACCUGAACGGCCGCGAGCUGUCCAUCAGGCCCAGUGGAAGCCGACACAUCAAGAAGCAAACCUUCGUCGUACACGCCGGCACCGACACCACAGGAGACAUCUUCUUCAUGGAGGUGUGUGACGACUGCAUCGUCCUGCGCAGCAACAUCGGCACGGUGUACGAGCGCUGGUGGUACGAGAAGCUCAUCAACAUGACCUACUGCCCCAAGACCAAGGUGCUGUGUCUCUGGAGACGCAACGGCCAGGAGACGCAGCUCAACAAGUUCUACACCAAAAAGUGUCGUGAACUCUACUACUGCGUUAAAGACAGCAUGGAAAGAGCUGCAGCGAGGCAGCAAAGCAUUAAACCAGGUCCCGAACUGGGCGGAGAGUUCCCCGUCCAGGACAUGAAGACGGGGGAAGGUGGACUGCUGCAAGUCACGCUGGAAGGAAUCAACCUGAAGUUCAUGCACAGCCAGGUUUUCAUAGAGCUGAGUCACAUUAAAAAGUGCAAUACAGUGAAGGGAGUCUUUGUCCUGGAGGAAUUUGUUCCUGAAACUAAAGAAGUGGUGAUCCACAAGUACAAGACCCCCAUGGCACAUCAGAUCUGUUACUCCGUCCUCUGCCUUUUCUCCUACGUGGCGGCAGUGAAGGGGAAGGAGACGGAUGGAAAACCCAAGAUUCUGUCACCGAGACCCCUUCCUAGCUAGUCUACCUCCCCCUCACCCCCCAAGCUCCUCCCCCACCACCUCCACCCGUCCUCGUUGCCUCUCUUACUUGAAACGGCAUCUCGGCUCUGAAACCCAGAGACGUUCUGACAAUCCCCGACUCUUAUUUAAAGCACACCUCCCUCUCGUGUACAUACGGGCCCCGGACCCCGGACCCCAGACUCCUUUCUAGACCCCCGUACGUGUCGCCGUGUUUAGUCCGUGAUGUUGUGUAAAUACUUCCACCGCCGUCCAACCAGCUCGCUAAAUGUUUGCCUGUGACUCCUUCUAUUGUCCCCGCCGCCAUGACCCCAACCUUACCGUUGGGAGGGGGUGGGGCCGUGAGGGGUCGGCCCGAGGUACAGAGUGCAUGCUGGUCCCGUGCACAGCCUCGACAUUCACUACAGAGUAGCCCCGCCCCCUCCCGUCUCCAUAGGAGUUAUUCUGUGAUUAUGUGGUUACUGUAAAGUAACCCCCCCCCCCCUCCCAAUACCGUCCUGGAGCGCCGCUUCCUCAAAGUGUUUGAACCCCAACGUUCUGCGUGUUCUCCGAUGUGUAGGUCGGCCCGCCGGGUUGAAAUUACUGUUCUAGUUCUCCUGUGAAACUUCUCGUCUGUGGUCUGCUGUUAUCAAUUGCAUGUUACUAAUGGGAUGACAAAUAAAUAUUAUAUAUAUAUAUAUUUCUAUAUAUAGUAUUUAUUUAAUAUAUACAUAUAUUGACUGUACAUUUCUCUGAAAGAAAGGAAAAGAAAAAAAAAGUCCCGACCUGUUGAUUUGCUAGAUGUGCAAUACUUAACGAGUAGUUGGCCAUGUUUCCUUCCUGGCUCCCACGGGGUGAAGAAUGUACGAGAGUUGUUGUUGUUGUUUGUUUCUUUUGCUAAACGUACUUAUUGGUCCAAGUGAAUAUGACGAGUUUGACUGUUUUUAAAGUUUUUUUUUUUUUUUUUUUAAAUGUUCCAUCGACGAGUCGCAUGGAAAAGAAAACUGCUGCUGUCUGUGGCGCAAAAGAAACAACUUUAAAUUCUUUAAAUGCGUCUUUAAAAUGAUGUCGUGUACCAACUGACGACUCCGCCCAUCGAGACCAAACCCACAGCCAGGGGGCGCUGUUGGUCAUUAUAUUAAUCCAUCCUUUUUUAAUUUCAGUGUAAAUGAUCAUUUUGUGUGGAAUAAUAAAUAUGAAAUCAUCAUGAACACAAUGCAACAAAAUGUAUAAACACACAAAGUAGAGAUGUUACUUAAAUAAAUACUUAACUUCCCCUAAAACAAUGCGGCGUAACUCCAUAAGCAUUCAAAUAAAAAUAAGUGUUUUUAAACAUCGCAGACUGGAGGAGUUUAGACUCCUCAGCAGCAGUUUUCAUCGUCUUAUUGUUGUUUAUGUUCCGUGAUCGUAAACAACGGCUGAAUCUGGUCCGUUAACCUUCACUGUGUGUGUGUGUGCGUUUGUGUGUGUGCGUGUGUACAGUUUCUCCAGAUCAGCAAUAUAUGGGUACAGUCAUAUCACUGGAAGAUGUUUCUUUUUGAUUCUGACCUGCUUGUAUUUUUAGUGAUUUAACUGUGCAAAAAGGAAAAUAAUCAGAAGGUUCCGUUCCACUGAUGAAUAUAUUAUGAAUAAAUAAUAUACGUAGGAGACCAAACUC